AUGACUACUCAUCCACGAGGUCCUGAAAUGUUUGCUGAAACUUUGAUAGAGCUCGCUCAUCGCUAUGACCCAUUCAAAAACCCCCGUGUAAAAGUGGGUAUUGUAUUUGAAUCAAGCGAGAUUCCUGAAAGCGUUGGUUUGUGCUAUCAACCAAUUGACCGGAUCAAGGCUGAACACAUUGUUCAAACUCUUGCUCUUCAGUCACAGUCAAACAAAUCUGUCUUGGAACUUGAAACUCCAAAAAUCAAUGCCAGAUUUACAUACAUCAAUCCACCAGUUGGUAGCGGUAAACGGCGCUUUGACACUGGCAAAAUCCUGGAACUCACUGUAUUUGAAAAACGACGAAAAACGAGCGAAACGGAGCUUGAGAUGAAGAAGGAACUACCAAAAGUCAAAAAGCUCAGAUCCAACAUCAUGCCGAACGAAGUGAUCGAAGAUUGUCUGGUUCAUGCAUUGUACCAGACCCUGAUGUACCACAAUUGGAAACUCUGUAGAACACAGGAAAGCAAGAACAAGUAUCGAAAUGCACUGAGAAAGACUUUCAAGCGACCACACAUCUGCCAAGAAGUUUACGAAGCGGUGAAAGCUAUGAAAGAGAAAGCAGGUGUGUCAAAAUCGUCAAACUUCUGCAGGAUGGAUGUUGAGCGAUUUCAAAACACAGUUUUUGCCGGAACACAUCAACUGAUUGUAUUUGUGAAGAACUCAACUAUACCCUACUACUCAGGACCAUACGUGGGCGAGAAAAAACAGCUGGUCUUGUACUUGGACGAUGGACACUAUAGAGGUGUCAGAAGUAUUUGUGCACUACUGAGGACCGAUUACUAUUGCGCUCUCUGCAAUAGACGCUAUAAAAGUACCGUACAGCACUAUAAAUGUCCACUGGUUCACCGUUUAUGUGGUCAACGUCAUUGCCCCGUUACAGAGAGUGAUCAACCAACUCGAUGCAAGACAUGCACCGUGUUAUUCAAAUCGCAAAUCUGCUAUGAAAAUCACAUCAAAAAAGGUUCAAAAAAUGGCAAAAGCCGAUGUGAGUAUACAGCAGUGUGUAGGAAAUGCGAGGACAUCUACUACACGAACAAAGGCAAUCCACACAAGUGCGGACAGAAGUGGUGCUACCGCUGCAACUGCGAAAGAAUGAUGCCACACAACUGCAUCAUGUCCAUUUCAAAGAAAAAUGAGAAAAAGCUGACACGGCGUCGUGUAUAUUUUGACAUUGAGAGCAGAGCAGACGAAUCAACUGGACAGCAACACCCCGUCUUGUUCGUGGCUCUUCGUUGUUGCCCAGGCUGCGCAAUCUUCAUACCAAAUGACAUUGAACAAGCAAGAAACAUGGUGUGCUCGAAAUGUGCACCUGAUGGUCGAUUAAAGGUCAUAGAAUGUAUAACCAUCGAGAAUCGAAAUGUGGAUGUUGGAAGUGAGAUGACAAAGUGGCUGUUUGCUGAUCACCACCGAGGAGCUGUUGUCGUGGCACACAAUGCAUCAGGGUACGAUGGUCAAUUCAUUCUUGAGAAUUUGAUUGCCAGCAACAAAGCUUCACCCAAACUUGUCAUGGAUGGAACCAAACUGAUUUUCAUGGAGCACAAUGGAGUAAAACUUCUCGAUUCAAUCAGAUACCUAUCAAUGAGUUUGAGUUCACUUGGAAAGACGUUUAACGUGGAUUCCGUAAAGGGGGACUUUCCGGUGUUGUUCAUCAAACCCGAAAACUACACUUACGUGGGACCGCUUCCUGAUGAUUGUCACUACGCGAUGGACAACAAAUCGUCAGUGGUCAAAGAGCAACUUUCAACAUUUUUGAGUGCACAAAGGACUGAAGGCAAAAUUUUCAACUUUAUCGAAGAGAUUUUCAAGUAUUGCUACAACGACGUAUACAUUCUGGCAACUUCAAUGGGACUCUUCGAAACGGAAUUUGAAAAAAUCACAAACGAGUCUACGACUGCGGCGUCAGCAGCUGCUCUUGUGUUUCGUCGAAAUCAUUUGGAUUCAGAAAAGCCGAUUGUCUUGGAUGUGAAACCGUCAGUAUCAAUGAAUGCAUCAGAAGUCAGUCAAAAAUAUUUGGCAUGGUUCGCUUCGAAAGAGGGUGUGCAGCUGAACAUGUCAACCACGUAUGGUGAAGAAAAGAUUGGGAGGUACCGAGUGGAUGGUUUUGUACAUCCAUGCCCAAAAUAUCCUCAAGGACUCAUCGUUGAGUUUUUCGGCUGCUACUGGCAUGCACACGAGUGCACUUAUUCAGAAGAAUCCAUGAUCGGUUGUGAAAGUGCCAAAGAAAUUCGCCUGAAAGAUGCGGAACGUUUGAAUGCACUUCGUGAAUUUCACCCAGUCGAAGUUGUAUGGGAAUGUGAAGUGAAGAAGCAGCUUUGA